AUGACGCGCCUCGCAGUGCUCGUCGCCGGCACCGCCGUCCUGCUCGCCCUCAAUUCCAUUGGCAGCCCUUUCAGCUUAGAACACGGGCCAGGGCUACGGCCGUCAGGGGAACACCAACCAUGCGACCGGGCAUUCUUUGUCGGCGUGCUGCCUCAGGGCGCAACUGUGGAAAAUGUCACGGUGGUGCGGGAUGGCGACAGCUACGGCGAGGGUGAAGCCAAUGUCGCAUACCCUAAAAACCCGACCCAUCUCCCGCCACUGUGUGCGGUUACCGUGCGCGUGACAAGCUCGCCGACGAGCAGCUACCGGCUUGGCUUGUUCCUGCCAGAGUCGUGGAAUUCAAGAUUACUCGUGGUGGGAAAUGGGGGUUUUGCGGGGGGGAUCAACUGGCUCGACAUGGCCGCCGGCGCGCGCUACGGCAUGGCCUCGCUCUCAACCGACACCGGGCACAGCUCCAAGUCGACCAACAGCACAUGGGCGUAUAACCAGCCCGAGAAGAAGGCCGACUGGGGCUGGCGCGCUAUCCACGGCUCGACCGUGCUGGGCAAAAAACUCGUGCGCAAGUACUACGCCCAGCAGCGGCUAACCUAUUCGUACUUUAGUGGCUGCUCGACAGGUGGUCGCCAGGGGCUCAAAGAGCUGCAGACGUUCCCGGACAGCUUCGACGGCGCGCUCAUCGGUGCCGCCGCGUGGUGGACCUCCCACCUCAACACCUACGUGACCCAGGCCGGCCUGUACAACCUCCCCGAGACCGACCCCAAGCACCUCACCGACGACCACGUGUCCCUCCUCGCCGACGAGGUCACUCGCCAAUGCGACACCCUCGACGGCGUCGAAGACGGCAUCAUCAGCAGCCCCGAGCUCUGCCAACCCAACCUCGAAACCCUCCUCUGCCCCAACCCCAGCGCCAAGCGGACCGACUCCGACCCCGACCCCGAUGCACCAACAUGCCUCACCCGCGCCCAACUCACCACCGCCCAUAACAUGUACAGCGACUACCGCUCCAUCACCACCAACGAAUUCCUCCACCCCGGCCUAACCCCCGGCUCCGAGCCGCAAUGGCACGUGCUGAUCAACGGCUCGGAACCAUCCCCCUACGGUGUCGGCUACGCGAGCAACUUUCUCUUCGACGGCAACGCCAUGGGCGCCGACCCCGCCACAAACACCUCCUGGGACUGGCGCACCUUCAACGAGAGCGUCGUGCAAUACGCCGCCCGACACGACCCCGGCCGUGCCACCGCCGACGACUAUGCCGCUUUGACAGCGGUGCGGCGCCGCGGCGGGAAGGUGCUGAUGUACCACGGCACUGGGGACGGACUGGUCCCGACUAAGGGGACGGAGCUAUACUACCGGCGGACGGUGGAGGCGCUGGGCGCGGCGCGGCGCGGGUGGUGGUGGUGGUGGUGGUGGGGUCCGUUCUUUGAGCGGUUGGGCUGGGGACGGGGACGCGGGGCGGGCCAUGACGGCGGCGUGGAUGAUUUCUUCCGUAUGUUCCUUGUGCCGGGGAUGCAGCAUUGCGCGGGGACGGCGGUGGACGCGCCGUGGAGCUUUGGCGCUCCGUCGCAGGCCGGCGCGCUGGGCAAUGAUACGUGGUCGGUGCCCGGGUUUGAGGAUGCGCAGCAUGAUGCGCUGCUGGCGCUGGUGGAUUGGGUGGAGAAGGGCCGCCCGGUCGAGAGCGUUGUGGCGACGACAUGGGAGGAUCCGGUCAAUUCGACGUCGGGCGUCAAGAGGCAGCGGCCGCUUUGUGCUUGGCCGCGGCGGGCGGUGUGGGAUGAAAAGGGGGAUGUUGAUGAUGCGGGGAGGGUUGGGAAGGGCAUCAUUGCCUCCUCCACGGGCCUGCUCCUGAAAACCCUCGGCCUCCGUGUCAGCUGCAUCAAGAUCGACCCGUAUGUCUCGGUCGAUGCGGGGCUCAUGGCCCCGGCCGAGCACGGCGAGUGCUUUGUCCUGUGCUCGGGCGGCGAGGUUGAUCUCGAUCUCGGCAACUACGAGAGGUAUCUCUCGGUGCGCCUCACGAGCGAGCACAACAUCACCACUGGCAAGGUCUACUUGAACGUCAUCCAGAAGGAGCGCCGGGGCGACUAUCUCGGAAAGACCGUCCAGAUUGUGCCCCAUGUGACGGACUCGAUCAAGGACUGGAUCAAGCGUGUGUCGAAGAUCCCGGUGGAUGGUUCUAGCGAAGAGCCUGAUGUCUGCAUCAUCGAGUUGGGUGGCACUGUUGGUGAUAUCGAGAGCGUAAUGCGCCACGAGGCGGGCGCGGGUAACUUCAUGAGCAUCCAUGUCUCGUAUGUUCCCACGGUACACGGAGAGCAAAAGACGAAGCCCACACAGCACGCCGUCAAAUCGAUCCGAAGCCACGGCUUGAUUCCCGAUAUCGUCGCUUGCCGCUGCGAGACUCCCCUCGCGGAGCCCACGAUCGCCAAACUCGCUCUCCACUGCCAGGUCGAGUCGGAGCAGGUUCUCGUCGUCCGCGACAUGCCGACCAUCUACCAAGUUCCCCUCCUGCUGCGCGAGCAGAAGCUCAUCCCGCAGCUCCGGACCAAAUUGGCCCUCGACCAGAUCACAGUCACGCCCGAGAUGGCCGCGCAGGGCACAGCACUCUGGGACCUGUGGACCUCAGUCGUCACCCCCACGUACCAGGAAGAGGUGAAGAUCGCGCUUGUCGGCAAGUACAUCAAAUGCCAGGACGCAUACAUCUCAGUUGUCAAGGCGCUGGAGCAUUCAGCCAUGACGAUCCGCCGGAAGCUCAACCUGAUGUGGAUCGACUCGGAGGACCUCGAGCCGACAACUGGCGGCGGGCCCGCGCAGGCCAAGUACCACAAGGCGUGGCACGACAUCUCCACGGCCUCUGGCAUCAUUGUGCCAGGCGGGUUUGGGCACCGCGGGACCGAAGGGAUGAUGAGGGUGACCAAGUGGGCCAGGGAGAACAACAUCCCUUUCCUGGGUGUCUGCCUCGGUUUCCAGGUGGCAGCGAUUCAGUUUGCGCGCGACCUCUGCGGCAUGCCCGAGGCCACAUCAGAAGAAUUCGACGCGCAGGCCAAAGACCGCGUCGUGGUCAACAUGCCCGAGCUCGACCGCGAGAAAAUGGGUGGCACCAUGCGUUUGGGCCUCCGCAAGACCAUCUUCCAGCAGGACACGGAGUGGUCGCGCGCGCGGUCGAUGUACGGUGGCGUCGAGGUCAUCGAGGAGAGGCACCGCCAUCGGUACGAGAUCAACCCUGACCUCGUCGAGACGCUGGAGAAGGCGGGUCUCCACUUUGUGGGCAGGGACGAGACGGGCGAGCGGAUGGAGAUCUUUGAGCUCAGAGACCACCCCUACUUCGUCGGGACACAAUUCCAUGCCGAGUACCAGUCGCAAGUCGUGCACCCCAGCAGGCCGUACCUCGGCUUCAUCGCCGCGAGCGCGGGCUGCCUGGACCAGGUGCUCAAGCAGGAGCCGGUAGAGCGGUUCAAGACCGCCACAGUGGUGAACGGCACCAAAUAA